AUGGUGGAGAGGAAGUUCUGGCACGUCUCUGACCUGCACCUUGACCGGGACUACAAGGUGUCUGAAGACCCCCUCCAGGUGUGCCCAUCUGCUGGCUCCCAGCCGGUGCCCAAUGCAGGCCCCUGGGGCAACUACCUCUGCGAUUCUCCCUGGAUCCUCAUCAACUCCUCUAUCUAUGCCAUGAAGGAGAUCGAGCCAGAGCCAGACUUCAUCUUCUGGACUGGUGAUGACACGCCCCAUGUGCCCAACGAGAACCUGGGAGAGGCGGCCGUGCUGCAAAUUGUGGAGAACCUGACCGAGCUCAUCAGAAAGGCCUUUCCAGAUACUAAAGUCUAUGCUGCUUUGGGAAAUCAUGACUUUCACCCCAAAAACCAGUUCCCGGCCGGAAGCAACAAUAUCUACAAUCAGGUAGCAGAGCUGUGGCGACCCUGGCUCAGUAACGAAUCCAUCGCUCUCUUCAGAGAAGGUGCCUUCUAUUCUGAGAAACUGCCGGGGCCAAGCGCAGCUGGGCGAAUCGUGGUCCUCAACACCAAUCUGUACUAUAGCAACAACGAGCAGACGGCCGGCAUGGCCGACCCUGGCCAGCAGUUCCAGUGGCUGGACGAUGUGCUGACCAAUGCGUCCCGAGCUGGGGAAAUGGUGUACAUUAUCGGCCAUGUGCCCCCGGGGUUCUUUGAGAAGACACGGAACAAAGCGUGGUUCCGGGAGGGCCCCAACCAGGAGUACCUGAAGGUGGUCCGGAAGCAUCAUCAAGUCAUUGCAGGGCAGUUCUUCGGGCACCACCACACCGACAGCUUUCGGAUGUUCUACGAUGAUGCAGGUACCCCCAUCAGUGUCAUGUUCCUUACACCUGGGGUCACCCCAUGGAAAACCACGUUACCUGGAGUGGUCAACGGAGCCAACAAUCCAGGCAUCCGGGUGUUUGAAUACGACCGAGCCACACUGAGCCUGCAGGACAUGGUGACCUACUUCUUGAACCUGAGCCAGGCGAACGCGCAGGGGGAGCCGCGCUGGGAGCUCGAGUACCGGGUGACCAAGGCCUACGGCGUGCCCGACGCAGGCGCCCGCUCUAUGCACGAGGCGCUGGGCCGCAUCGCCAGCGACCAAGGCGCGCUGCAGCGCUACUACGUCUACAACUCGGUCAGUUACGACACGCGGGCCUGCGACGAGGCCUGCCAAGCCGAGCACGUGUGCGCGCUGCGCGAAGUGGCCUUCGACGGGUAUGCCGCCUGUCUGCGCGCCCCCGGCGUCGCGCCCGCGCCCCGCCUCGCGCUCCUGCUGGUGGCGCUGCUGGGCCUGCGCACGCUGCUUGUGCCGUGACCUUGGGCGCCGCCCGCUGAUUGGCUUGGCUCGCCUUCCUCCUGGUAAAAUGGGGAGAGCAUCCCCCCCCCUCCCCCGAGAGCUGGACUUUCCACCCUUUCCCCGGCGUCCGCAGAAUGAACUGGGACGGGACAGCCGAUCAGGAAAUGAAGCCCCAAGGGCCCCACCAGAAGCACAUUUCUUUCAAGUUUCAUGUUUUAUCCCAAACACAAUUCUCGUCGUGCAUGUUAUUCUGUUAUUAACUUGUAAAUCAUGUUUAAAGUAACUCCCUUGCCCAGUUAUUGAAUGUUCCCCCCUCCUCCUAUUCGGAUAAUCCGAGUAAAAUGAG